GCACAGCCCACCAUCACCUCUGCUGUAGCUGCCGACCCAACACUGCCGCCUACAAUCGCAGCUGCGCGCCUCUUUCCUCUGCCUCGCGCAUAUCGUCGUGGUAUUCUACGCUUCAAGAUCAAGGCUGAGCUCGAGGAGGGUCGAGGGACCAGCUGGAACUGGCAUAAUGGCGCGACGCAUGUCAAGAAUCAGGAGCCGGAUGAUGAGGAGUUGGAGGCUGUAAGGAAGAGAUUUGGGUACAAGAAAGAGAGUGAGGGUGGGCCGAGUAGGCUGUAUUUGAUGAUUCUGGCAGAUGCCAUCCUGCCCCUUCCCCGCAACCCCAUGUCAGGUGUCGUCUCGCCUCCUCUACUAGCCACAACAGGUAUCGUUCCCUGCUCCAUCUUCUCUACUGGACCAGACAUCAUCGAGCACUACUGCGACUGCAUCGUCGCCGCCAAGCGCGAAGUCAUCCUCCUCACAAACUACUGGCAAGGCGGUAAGAAUGUUCAACGCAUCGCCGACGCCCUUCGCGAGCUGAGCAAGCGUGUGGGAGAGAGGAUUCAGGCAGGCCAGACAAAGAAGGCCAGCGAGAAGGAUCUGCCCGUGGGCACGGCGACGACGCAGGCUGCUCCGCUGGAGAAGAUCGUGGUCAAGGUCAUGUGGGAUCGAGGACCGCAGACUCUCGCCGAUCUCUUUCGUUGUCGUAAGCCUGUGCCGCCCAGCAUGUGGGAGAGCAAUGGUCUACCCCGCAAAGAUGAGAUCCCCCACCUCGACAUGGAAAUUCUCAACUAUCACCGACCGCUCAUGGGCACUUUCCACGCGAAACUACUUCUCGUUGACCGGCAAGUGGCCCUCAUCAACUCGAACAAUAUCCAGGAUCGUCCCAAUGUGGAAGCUUGCACGAGGCUGGAGGGAGACAUUGUCAAUUCCAUCUACGACCACGCCCUCAUCUCCUGGGGGAAUGCACUUCAGCCGCCCCUCCCCUGCCUCAAUACCCCUUCGCCAAAGGAGCCAUCACCUUCGGCAUUCGUGCAGGGCACAGAGGGGAGCCUCCCAGAAAUGUCAGAGGAGAAGCUACGCCUCCUCGCUCGCCAGGCUAGGCAAAGGCUUCAUGAGGAAGACGAGGAGACCGAGGAGGAGAGACAUCACCAGGCGCAUGGCCUAGGUCUCUCUGGCGGACGUCGUAUGAGCUUUGCAGACGUCGUCGAGGGCAUGAUGAAGCAGCGUGCAGAGAGCAACGCAGGCGAGGGUGGACCCAACAGCAGCGGGGGUGAAGACUCUGAGAGGGCUGCAAGGAUGGCUGGUGCGAAGUGGGCGGCAAAGGUGCUUGGCGAUCGAUGGCAUGGCCCGUCUGCUGGCGCGGAACCCUCAGAAGCCAGCUCUACGCAGACGGCCGUUGCAGAUGCUGCGCCUCCCGGACAGCGAAGUCGCCAUCUCGCCGACUAUGUCGAGGCGUACAUGAAGAAGGAAGGCAUCAAGCCUGCGCUCUGGGCAGAAGGUGCUCUCGAUACCCUUGGCCUUGGCCCUUCCUCCAGCCGCAACGUAGCCGAAGAGGUGCACAGAAGCAGAGAGAGCAGGCAACGUCAAGCUGCUCCGCCUGUCAGCGCCCCGCCCACCGGCCGCAGAGACAUCUCCAUCCCUCGAGUCGUCACUGAGGAGACGACGUCCUUCAAUGGAGUCGCAGAGCCCUCCGAGCGCAGCAACACCGUCGUCGGCGAUCAAGAACACGACGCCGCCACGUCUCCCUCCUCCCCCUCCUCUCCACCAAAGGACCUUCAAAAGGAAGCGUCUCGCGCCGAGCAAGAGAAGGAAGUUGCAAUCGAGGCCAAGCAAGGGGACCGAGAACCCAUGGCCACCAAGCUGGCUGUGCCCGACCCGAAUGAAGGGGCACCAGGAAGCGUAGGCUACCGCCAGCAGCACAAGCGCACUCUCUCAAAUCUCUCGCGCUCUUCGGCAACUCAGCGCCUGGCGCAGAUUACCAAGUCGCUGGACUUUGCGAAUUUGAGCCAGGUGAAGGGGGAGAUUAAGGCUGAGCAGCUGAGCAAGUACUCGAAGACUGCAGCUAGCGAGGCGAAUGCGGCAGACGUGCUUGACUUCCGCCCUUAUGUCUUCCACGCCCCGCACCAGCCCGUCCCCAUGGCGCUUAUGAACCGCAGACCACACGGUACUCCGGGACAUUCGGACAUUCGCAAUCCACAGGAUGCCGCCUGGCUUGCAGGUUUCCGCUACGCAAAGCACCACAUCUUCAUCCAAUCUCCAACCCUCAACGCCACGCCGAUCAAGGCCGCCGUGCUCGCUGCGGCGCGGAGGCACGUACGCGUAGAGCUUUGGCUCGACUUGGGAUUCAACGACAAGUCCGAGUCCAUGCCUUUCCAAGGAGGCACAAAUGAGCAAGUCGUCACGCGUCUCUAUCGCCAGCUGAGGCGUGAGGGCAAGGGAGACGAGAAGUACCUCGAAGUCUUCUGGUACACGGGCAAAGACAUGACCCGUCCUCUUAAUGCUGUGCGCAAGCAGAGGAACUGCCAUGUCAAGUACGCUGCAUUUGAUGGGCAAGUGGCUAUCCUUGGGUCAGGGAAUAUGGACACGCAGAGCUGGUUCCACUCGCAGGAGAUCAACGUCUGUGUGGACUCGAGGCAGAUUGUGGACGAGUGGGACCGCGCACUCAGGCGCAACCAGAGCACGGGCGUCUAUGGAAGGGUGGACGAGGAUGGUAUCUGGAGAGGGCGAAGUGGGAGGGAGGUGGCCGAUACGGGGAAGGACGAGCCGCGUGAAAAGGGAGGGGCA